AUGAAUUCUAUUAGAGCCUGGGUCAACUUUCUCAAACCCAGAGCGGGUGUUCCUACAAGCUCAGCACAACCCGAGUUCACUCUGCGAGCUGUCUGUUUAGGCCUUGCAAUCGGUUGCUUAAUAUGUUUUACCAACUUAAGUUUGGGACUUCAAUCAGGAUGGAUAUCUAUGAUGUCCAUCCAGUCCGCCCUGAUUGGUUUUCUCAUAUCCAGAACACUUCCUGUCCCGUUAACCCCACAAGAGAUUAUUGUGGUCCAAACAACUGCUGUCGCAACAGGAACUAUGCCUCUUGCUGCUGGAUUUGUGGGUAUACUGCCUGCUCUUACGUUGCUUAGCGAAGAGCGAGACGGCACUCCAGCUAUACACCUCACCUGGAUUGCUGCGAUAGGUUGGUCAUGCUCAGUGGCUUUUUUUGGAGUCUUCUUAUCCCCACCUAUACGUAAACAAGUUAUCAUCGAAGAACAACUACCCUUUCCUUCAGGAACUGCAACUGCACAUCUGAUAUCAGUUCUACACCAUCUUCCCCCACCAGAUACCACUAUACGUCACCGACAAGGGUAUCAACAAGUUGAGGAUGAAGAGGAGGUCACUGUAUCUGCUGAGAACCAACAAGAAUCAAUCACGGAAGAAGAAUCUGAAGAUGAAACUGAACGUGAUAUUGUAGAGCACCAAGGAUGGUCAAACCUUAUCUGGAGUUUUGCUGUUUCUGGUGGUUUAACUCUCGUCGCAUACUUUUUCCCUGUUCUGUUCGCCAUUCCAUUAUUCGGAAACUAUCUUGCAAAGGAAUGGCUAUGGUAUUUCACACCAAGUCUGUCUUACGUCGGACAAGGCGUGAUUAUGGGAUUUUCUACGACUAUCAGUAUGAAUUUGGGCAUGUUUGCAGGUUGGGCAAUUUUGUCUCCACUUUCCAAACUGUCUGGUUGGGCUCCAGGUCCUGUCGGGGACAUGGCCAGUGGUGCUCGAGGCUGGAUUCUAUGGAUAUCCCUCGGUAUUAUGUGCUCUGAUAGCCUGGUUUCUCUUCUUCCGGUUGUUUUUGAAUAUCUCGAAGAUGGUCUCCGCCACUGGAGAAGAGAUUAUUCUGUUGUAGAAGGCCUCGGCCAAAGUAAAAGUCACGAAACCGAGACUAAAGAACGACUUGUGCCCAAUAGCUGGGUUAUUAUUGGUCUUUUCCUUAGCGUUUUCAUCGGCACUAUCUUAGUAUGGAUCGUCUUUGGUAACGAAGGGAUCAAACCUUGGGCCACUCUGCUUGGUUUUAUUCUCGGGGGAAUGUUGAGCAUUAUCGGAGUUCGUGCUCUUGGCGAAACAGAUCUUAAUCCAGUGUCUGGUCUAGGAAAAGUCUCACAAUUGUUCUUCGCAUGGAUUCAGCCCGGUAACAUCGUUGCCAACAUAAUUGCUGGAGGUGUAGCUGAAGCUGGUGCACAACAGGCUGGUGACCUUAUGCAAGAUCUGAAGACAGGGCACCUAUGUCAAGCAUCUCCACGAGCACAAUUCUAUGGUCAGCUUAUAGGUUCUUCGGUGUCAAUUGUGGUCACUACUACAGCAUACACACUAUACAAUCGUGCCUAUGUAAUACCCGGGCCUUCUUUCCCUGCGCCAACAGCAUAUGUGUGGCUAAGCCUUGCGAGACUGCUUCGCGACGGUCAAUUACCGGAGAACAGUGCAAUGUUUAUGGUAGUGUUCUCUGCCGUCUUCGCUUUCAUUUCAGCUACGAAGACUUACGCCUCGAGGAGAAGUCUAUGUCAUCCUUUUAAACGAACGUCCAUGUCUAAAAUCGAACUAGCCAAAAUCAAAUCUCUAACGUUCUACAAUGACGCAGUCACUGCUGCCCGCCGUACUGCUCCUAUGCCGCAGCUAGUUUGCGUCGGCAAACCAUGUAGAGUUUUCCAACCCGAAGCGGUUAGAUGUGUUAACCUUGGAGGUUCUGGGACGGACGUCGACUGGAAGUGUGAAGCAGAUCUUCCAGACUCGUUACGGUUUGGCAAAGUGGAAGUUUCUUGUGAAGGAUGGUCAAAGCCUGGUGAUCCUUAUGUUUUGAAGGGAUCCUGUUCUUUAGAAUAUCGACUUGUUGAAGUUCCGAGGACACUACUCCGCGAUUCAGACUCUCCUCUUUUCAACCCAAGUUCAUAUGACUGGGCAAGCAUCUUCUUCUUCAUUUUAUGGCUUGCUUUCCUCGGGAUCAUCCUCUACAGCUUUAUCCUGUCAUGUUUCCGUAACAACACCACAACACGAGGGCCUCGUCCCACAGGUCACAAUCGACCAGGCGGAGGCGGCAGCAGUGGGUGGUUCCCAGGAGGAUACAACGACCAUUCAACCGAUCCUCCUCCUCCGUAUUCCAAAAACGCACAGCCUGAACCCCGGCAGGGUUGGCGACCUGGUUUCUUCACCGGCGCUUUAGUUGGCGGACUGGCAAAUCAUCUGUGGAAUCGACCGCGCAAUGAGCACGCGCGUCUUCUGAAGGGGGCGAGAGAAGGCAAACCCCCUCGGCUCGAAAUGAGGUCCUCGUUCACUGCGUUUGCAUCUUUGGCGCUCUUGUCGUCUGUGUCUCCCGUCCUGUCGGUCCCUGUCUAUGGCCAGUGUGGUGGACAAAACUACUCUGGCUCUACAGUUUGCGAUGACGGAUCAGUGUGCACUUACUCCAACCCAUGGUAUUCACAGUGUUUGCCCGGCAGCGCGACGACUCCGACACCCACCACGACAACUUCGACCACCAACAAUGGCGGCACACCCACCUCCACCGGCACAUCUCCAGGGAACUCCGUCUGCGCAGGCCCGCGCACCAAAUUCAAGUUCUUCGGUGUGAACCAGUCCGGUGCCGAGUUCGGAGAGUCCAUCUGGCCGGGUACCCUUGGAAAGGAGUACACAUGGCCCAGCCCGAGCUCCAUUGACUACUUUGUCGGCCAGGGAUUCAACACGUUCCGCGUGCCAUUCCUUCUCGAGCGCAUGAACCCCCCAGCGAACGGCAUUGCUGGCGCGUUCGACCAGAUGUACCUCAACGGUCUGAAGACGACCGUCAACUACAUCGUCGGCAAGGGUGCAUAUGCCGUCAUCGAACCCCAUAACUACAUGAGGUACAAUCAUGGUAUCAUCACGAGCGUCUCCGACUUCUCUACUUUCUGGAGGAACCUUGCCAAUGAAUUCAAAUCGAUCAGCAAUGUCAUCUUCGACGUAAUGAACGAACCCUACGGUAUCGAAGCUCAGACCGUCUUCAACCUGAACCAGGCCGCCGUCAACGCGAUCCGCGCCGCCGGUGCAACCCAACAGCUCAUCCUCGUCGAAGGAACCUCGUGGACGGGCGCCUGGACAUGGCAGUCCUCCGGCAACGCAGCCGUCUUCGGCGCGAUUAAGGACCCAAACAACAAUGUCGCGAUCCAGAUGCACCAGUACCUCGACUCAGACGGCUCCGGCACGUCGCCAAACUGCGUCUCGCCUACGGUCGGCGCGGAGCGCCUGCAGGUCGCGACGGAGUGGCUAAAGGCGAACAACCUGAAGGGCAUCCUCGGCGAGAUCGGCGCGGGCUCGAAUUCGCAGUGCAUCAGCGCGGUGCAGGGCGCGCUGUGCACGAUGCAGCAGUCUGGUGUGUGGAUCGGUGCGCUAUGGUGGGCUGCGGGACCUUGGUGGGGUAAUUACUUCCAAUCUAUCGAGCCGCCCAAUGGAGCUGCCAUUUCGCAGAUCCUCCCCCAGGCGCUCAAACCCUUCCUGUAA